GUGUCAUUAGUGUCGCUAUUUUCUCUCCACCUUUUCUUCUUUCCUUUUCCAUUUCUUUCGCUUUUCCCUAUUUUCUGUCCUUCAAAUUUUCUUGCCCUUUAUUUUCAAUCUAGUGUCGUCCCACCUGCUUCUGAUCUCUAGUGUCUUAAUUAUCAGCUUAGGAGUUGAGGGGGCCUAGAAGAGUUUCGAAUCUUAAGUCGUCGCUUCUGCAAUGAUUCACUGAUAAUAUUGAAGGAAAUGCUAAGAAGCUUUUGCAUCUCGUUGUUGGAUUUGAUGAUUUAUCAAUUUUGAGUCUUGAGUGGUUUCUGCUGCGAUGUUUUACUUUGACUGAGGUUCUAAAUGCUAUUGCAUUUAUGUAUUGGAUUGCAUACACUGUUUUGACUUUCAAAAGGCUGGACUUGGAAGGCUGUUCAGUUAUGUCUUUGCAGUAGUUACUUUAAAAUAGCCAUAACAUGCCAGCAGUUAUCAUAGUUCAGUUUUUGCUAGUGAUGUCUGGUCUGUGAAUGAGAAAUGUUGUUGAGGUUCAUAUGGACAGAGUGCACAGCAUGUGCGGAUUUCUCUCAGCUCUGGAUGAAAGAAGGAAUAUUGCUGUAAGUUCAUGACAGAAUUGAGCGUUUUUUUGGCUACAAGAGGUGCUGGAGGUGUGGAAUUGAGGAGUUUUACAUGUAUAGAAUGUCAAAGAUAGGCCUUUGGUCCUUCAUAUAGUGGCUUCCAGAAAAGCUACGAUAGAUAUGACUAAACUUCUACGUGUGUGCAUAGUCUUUCUGCUGUUCAGAAUUGACUGGAGAAAAUUGAUUGUUUUCUGUUCAGUUCUUACCGUAGUUAGUGUUUUGAUGCAGAUUUCUAAACUUCCAUAUCCACUAACUGAAAAAAUAUCCCCUCCAAACUCUGAAAUUGCAUCAUAUAAUCGCAAUCCCAUGAAUACAACAGUAAAUUUGGAUAAAAGUUGGUCAUUGGCAGUGGAUGUGCAGCUCAAAUCUGUUCGAGAUGCACCAGCAAUUGUUCCACUUAAUUCUUCUUCCAAACUGGAUAGAUUAUUGGUAAUUCCUAACAAAACAGUUAGAGCAUCUCAAAGGAGAAGAAAUAAUAGUGUAAAUUUGUUCACGCUCUCCCCACCAUCUCCGACUCAGACGGUUAAAAAACUCCCCCGCCAGUUGGAGAGAUACUUAUCUUCGUUGACACCAGAUGAAACACUUGCAUUUGUUAAAAGAGAUAUUGAGAACUCCUCGCUCGCUAGUGAUGAUGAUCCUGAAUUAUAUGCCCCUCUGUUCCGCAAUAUUUCAACUUUCAAGAGGAGCUAUGAGUGGAUGGAGCAAUUGCUAAAAGUUUACAUUUAUCGAGAUGGAAAACCACCUAUUUUUCAUCACCCUAAACUUUCUGGAAUUUACUCAUCUGAAGGAUGGUUCAUGAAGUUGAUGGAAGCAAGCAGGCAAUUCGUAACAAAGGACCCAGAAAAGGCUCACUUGUUCUAUCUUCCAUAUAGUGCACGUCAGUUACAAUUGGCUCUUUAUGUUCCAAAUUCACAUAAUCUGCAGCCAUUGUCUAUCUUUCUGCGUGACUAUGUGAACAUGCUUGCUGCAAAGUAUCCAUUCUGGAACCGGACCCAUGGAUCAGAUCAUUUCCUUGUUGCUUGCCAUGAUUGGGGACCGUAUACUCUAAAGGAGCAUGACGAGCUUAUAAGAAAUACCAUUAAAGUUCUGUGCAACGCAGAUGCAUCUGAGGGGAUAUUUAAAGCUGGAAAGGAUGUUUCCCUGCCAGAAACGACCAUAAGCAAUCCUAGAAGGCCUCUUAGAAAUGUUGGUGGAAGAAGAGUGUCACAGCGGCCAAUUCUUGCCUUCUUAGCUGGGUUCGAUCAUGGUAGGGUUCGUCCUGUACUUCUGAAGCACUGGCGUGACAAAGACGAGGACAUGAAGAUUUAUGGGCCUCUACCUAAAACGGUAGCAAGAAUAAUGUCAUAUCCUCGUCACAUGAAAUCGAGCAAAUAUUGCAUUUGUCCCAUGGGCUAUGAGGUCAACAGCCCGAGAAUUGUUGAAGCAAUAUACUAUGAGUGUGUCCCGGUGAUUAUUGCUGACAAUCUUGUUCCUCCGCUCAACGAUGUUCUCAAUUGGGACGCCUUCUCAGUCACUGUUGCUGAAAAGGACAUUCCCAAGCUCAAACAUAUCCUCUUAGCAAUCCCUUUGAAGAAGUACCUUACCAUGCAAACCAAUGUCAAAAUGCUGCAGAAGCAUUUCCUCUGGAAUGCAAAACCUGUUCGCUACGAUCUCUUCCACAUGAUUCUGCAUUCGAUAUGGUCCAGCAGGCUAAAACAGAUCCACUUACCACAGCCAUCGUAAUGAGAUAUAACCCUACUUCAGUAUCACAGGUACACUCUGAUUUUGCGUUGCUUCAUUCAUUUGAUCAACCAAUUGUGCAUGUGCAUUAAAUCGAUCAUAGAAGAAAAGAAAACUGCAUUCAGCAUAUUUAUCAACCGAUUCAGGCAUAAAAUUCAUUGUAAAGUUGUUGUGAUAUUCUUUUUGUACAAGGAAUGGAACAUAUUUUUGUAAAUGGUCCCAUUUAAACUUUA